UAAAACUCAUUUCGGGGAAUUUUAUUCAUCUCUUGUGAUUCUGACGAGUAUUGUAUGUUUCAAGUUUAUAUUUGUGUUAUUUAAAUACCUAUUUGCAUUAUGAGAAUUUCUCAAGAAAUGCGUAAAGUUGUCUUUGACGACAGAGAAAUUGAAUUACAUCUCAGAAAAUAUGAAGACACUGGAUUGAAUUUAGAUUAUUUUCAAUUUUUGGAUAAAUCUAAAGCGGAUGACCUGUUUCGUGAUUUGGAGGAAAAUGUCGUUUACUACAGCGAUGAAUAUUCGAGAGUGCGUAUUUUUGGAAAAUGGCAUUCAAUACCUAGACAACAAGUAGCUUAUGGCGAUGAUGGUGUAUCAUACACAUUUUCUGGAAACACGAUCAAAGCCCUACCAUGGAUUGAAGCUAUUUUGGAUAUUCGAAACAAAUUAAAAACAUUAACAGGAUUUGAAUUCAAUUUAGCCCUUGUGAAUAGAUACCGAAAUGGCCAAGAUCAUAUUGGUGAACAUAGAGAUAAUGAGAAGGAAUUGGAUGCUAAUGCUCCUAUAGCAUCUUUAUCACUAGGUGCUGAGCGUGUAUUUAAAUUGAGGCAUAAAGAUUGUCGCAAAAAAGAAACUAACUGUAUUAUCAAACCAGUUAAUGUUGUUUUAGAACAUGGUAGUUUAUUAUUAAUGAACCCACCCACUAAUGAAAUUUGGUAUCAUUCACUGCCCCCCAGAAAGUCUAUACAAACUCCAAGAAUUAAUAUAACAUUUAGGAAAAUGUGUAUGAUGUGA